UGGAUACCUGCAUCUCGUACAUCAAACGUCGGAUGCAAUGUGAUUUCUCCGUAAUGUUUACACGCGAAACUUCUUGCUCGUGUUAAUGAAAAAUGCAAUGUUUUAAUCGAACUUGCCAAUAAAUUUAUUCGCAGUGACUUCAUUAUAUAAUUAUUUGUAAUAUAAAUAAUUAUUGACUUGACAGUGACGUACCGGCAGGCGAUUCUUUGCACUAUUGCGUAAUAUGUAAUUUGCGUACAUGUAAUCUAAUACAUGAUUUAGAAAAAUGAAUUACAGAUCGUUAGCCGCGCACAAUGCUGCAUGUAACUGGAUAUUUUACCGAUUUCAGGAUUGUGAAAAGGAGCAUCCGUAUCGAAGAUUUUUGGGAUACUGCGAACACAUCGAAAGGGAGAUGAUUACAUGUAUAAAAGAACAAAGAGAAAUUCGUAGGAAACAGAAUACACGUUUUGGGCAAAAAAGAUUAGAAAGUGUAAAAGCGGCACAACAAGAGAGUAAUAAUUAAUCUUGUACAUUGAAAUACGCUGAUAAUAUAAUUAUUAAUAAUUGUUGAAGUGUAGAGGAGAGUUAGAAUUACUUUUUGUAUCGUUAUAUGCUACAUUUAUACUGAUUUAAAUUGUGCAUUGGAUAAGUUGAAUAGAAUUCAAUAUGAAUUUGAUAUCAGAGAUCAAUGAGCCAGAAGUCAAACGUUUAAAAGUUGAGAAUGAUAGUCAGAAAUCACACAAGGAAGAAGGAAAAAAUAAUUUCCCUGAUAAGAUGCAAGAAAGUAACAAAAGAUUAUCAAACAGCGAUGAUGAAACAUCUGUAGUUAGCGAUGAUGAGUCAUUUACAUUUCCUCCUGAUGAUGAUGUUUCGGACAUGCUAGAUGAAGUGCAGUAUAAUGAUCAUUUGCCCACAGUUACUGAUCGUUAUUUUACUCCCUAUUACAAAAUUAAUGUGCAGUCACUUGGAGAUGACAUUUGCAUACGAAUACAUAGCAAUCGUAUUUGUAUGCUAUCUUUGGCACCUAGUCAUGUUGCUUUGACAGACGAUAAAGAGAUCAAGAAGGUCGACUUUAAGAUCAGCGAUAAAGUAGAUAGAUCUUUGAAUAAAGUUUCGGGAAAGGGUAAACAUGGAGCACAACCGUUACAAGCUAACUCUAAUAUUUGUACCAUAUCCUGCACAGAUGGACACACAUAUGUGAUAAAAUGCUGUAUGAUAGGAAAAUUAAUUGAAGUUAAUGAGAUGUUAUCGGAAAACCCACAGCUUCUCAGGCAACUGCCACACAAAGGUGGAUACUUGGCUAUAAUAUUACCAAAUAUAAAACUUCUCGAGAGUUUAAAACAAUCUUUAUUGACAGAAGAACAAUAUGUUGAACUUAUUAAAGAGAGAAAAGACAGUAACAUAUAAAAAAAAUCUGAAAAUAAUUUAGUUAAAAAUACUUGUAAGAACAAAUAUAAAAAAUUGCAUACAACUA